CGGAGUACUCCAUGUUUAUCUGUCAUUUGUACUAUGGAGACAUGACAGCCUGCCAGAUUUUCAUCGUUCCUUAAUCCUUAAGAAUCCCGAUUCGCCAGGAAAAUGCGAAGAAGGAUGACACACACGUCAACACAUGCUUUAUUGCCUAAUUAUUGGUUCAAUUCCUUCUACAUUAGAUUGACUGGCGGCCAUCGUCACCAAAUAUAUUAACAGUAUCGCCAUAGCUUUCAGCAACCAAAAGUCUCCAGCCGCCGCGCAGACACAGAUAUACAUAUAUUCGCGUAUUUUCCCUCUCACAUACAUUAAUUAAUAAAUAUAAAGUGUAUAAGCGACAAACGUUUAAAGCAAGCACGCUGAAUCAACUAGCUGUAACUUGUAUAUUGUUUUUUCCGAGCGAAUCAAGUGCAGGUUUAUACACCGUGAUCCGACCCGGAUUGUUGGAGGAGAAUGGCGAGCGACCAGUACAUGCAAAAAAUGCAGGCUCGGCAGAGCUAUCGCAACCACUGGCACACCGAUCUCAUGAAUGCCACUUUGGCAGAUCCUCUCUAUUGCUGCUUCUCUGUUUGCUGUGCUCCAUGUGCUUCUUACCUUCUACGCAAGAGAGCUCUUUACAAUGACAUGUCUAGAUAUACAUGUUGUGGGGGGUAUAUGCCUUGCAGCGGCCGUUGUGGAGAAAGUCAUUGCCCUGAACUUUGUCUUUGCACCGAGGUAUUUUGUUGCUUUGCGAAUUCAGUUGCCUCUACACGCUUCAUUUUACAAGAUGAGUUCAACAUACAGACGACACAGUGUGAUAAUUGCAUAAUUGGAUUCAUGUUCUGCCUACAGCAGCUGGCAUGCAUAUGCAGCUGUAUAGCUUGCAUUGUUGGAAGUCAAGAACUUGAAAAUCUAUCUCAGAUGUUAAAUUGUUUAUCAGAUACCGUCUACUGCUCGGUUUGCUCCUGUAUGCAGACACAGCACAAAGUUGAAAUGGAUAAAAGAGAUGGCAAAUUUGGAGGACCACAAGCACCAAUGGCAGUUCCUCCUGUUCAACAUAUGUCUCGUAUGGAUCAGCCUCUCCCUCCUCCAGCAGGAUCUGGACAGCCGCCCCCCGCUUACCCACCCCCGCCCCAACAGCAGGGAUAUGUUUACCCGCCACCACCUGGGCAGGGCUAUAGUUACCAACAACCAGGACAUGGCUAUGGAUAUCCUCCUCCACCAACACCUCCGACCGAAGGAUACCCAUUGCCGAAUUAUCCUCCGCCUGCCAUGUAACUUGACACUUGAGUGAAAUACAUUUUUUUGUGCAAAAAUGAAGAUUCAUCAUUAUUUUCAUAAUAAAAAGAUGUCCCGUCUUUUUUCUUGUGCAUAUCAAAUAGCAACAUUUUUCAGGCCAUGUGAGAGUACUGUAAUAAUAUCUUACUAGUUUACUGGUUUCUACAAACAGCUUACAGUAAUGCUUUAUAUGUUUCACAUGAUUAACUUUGGAAUAGGCUGAUUUCUAUAUUUGGUGUUAUCUUUAUGUAGAAGCAAUGUGACUGAAAGUGUGAUGAAUAAAAAAGAAAAGGUCAAAUUCUUUGGAC